UCUUCUCUGAUCAUUUCCCUUCCUUUCGUGUCCAUCCUUCUCUGAUCAUUUCCCUUCCUUUCGUGUCCAUUCUUCCCUGAUCAUUUCCCUUCCUUUCGUGUCCAUUCUUCUCUGAUCAUUUCCCUUCCUUUCGUGUCCAUUCUUCUCUGAUCAUUUCCCUUCCUUUCGUGUCCAUUCUUCUCUGAUCAUUUCCCUUCCUUUCGUGUCCAUUCUUCUCUGAUCAUUUCCCUUCCUUCCGUCGGCUGCAAGGGAGACAAAAAGCCGCAUUUUCAAGCGUCUCGGCGCCUCAGUUCGCCUGUUUGAAAAGCCUCUAUUGAAAGGUGCUGAGACUUUCCAGCAUGGACUGUUCUGUGAUCCUCGCGAUAGUUUUACUCAGCUUCUGCACCUUGAACAGAGAAAGUCACCCGUGAGCUCCCGCUUGAUGUUCUCUGUGGCGCUGAGUAACAGUCGUACUUUGAGCCCGGAGUAAGUUGUGUCGAGGCGUCAAGUAGUACACGGCAAGUCACGCACGAAACAUCCUGUCCCAGAUCUGGAAACUGUAGGAAAAUUAUCUAAAAGGCGCCCAGUAUAUAAUCACAGGCACAGCCAUUUCUCCCCAGUGUCUCUCUCGUCCUGCCGGGAGUGGUCGCUGCACGCUGAACUGCCUCUCCAAGGAAAGGGAGACCAAGAGUCGCUGCGAAGAUACGAAAGUGAACGCCUCAGCAGUCUUUAGAAGCUCAACACUCAAGACUCAACACUCUUCCCCUGCACACACACACACACACACGGUGAGCCACGAUGAAGGCCAGGCUGCCCUUACUCUUGGUGUUUAUUGAGUCAUCGUUGCUUGCGGCCAGAAAUUCCUUCAGACCCUACUGGAACCCACACUGCCCUGCCCAAAUUACCAUCUCGGGGGAUGAGGAAUGGAAGAACUUUACCACCAGGGAACAUAACAGGGGCGCCUGGAGCACCACCUUAUACGUGCACCCCGAUCCAGGGUUCAAAGGCAUCAGGCUCGUGGCGGCGGGCGAUGGCUUGCUGAGUGACGCCUGGUUCACGCUGGACGCCACUUGCUUCCCUGGGGACGCACAGUGGUGGAGGUUGUGGGCACGUGUGUUAAACUAUGGCGGCAUCAAUCGCCACGGUCUUCAGUUUGAAGUACAGGCUGGUGACUGUGCUCUUGGGUGCCUCAGAACAGGCUACUUCCCUGAUUACCGGGCUGUUACUGUUGAGGCUCACGGGCCCUCAAGGUGGAGAUCAAAGUACCCGAGUCGACAAUGCACUGUAAAAGGAUACACAAGACCAAGCCUCUCAUGGAAAAACUGCACCUACAUCCCCAUCACCACCACCACCACCACCACCCCUACAACCACCACCACCACCCCUACAACCACCAUCACCACAACCACCAUCACCAUCAUCGUUGUGUCGGCAAUGAUAGGUGUUGGUGUUCUUGUUGUUCUUGUGGUAGUGAUGUGGCGUUUCCGGCAAAGAAGGAUAUCCAAAGAAGUGCCCCGCGUGCCGCUGCGGCGUGGACUGGCCGCCUCCUGGCGCGUCGGUGGCGAGGCAGCGAUCGGCGACAGCCGCGUGUAGCCGCCCAUGGGCCCCACCGUGCGCCCGCGUGUGGCGCCGCGGCAGCAGGAGCCCGACUACCUGUACUUCGGCGACGACGAGGAGCACAUCUACGACGAGUUCCCCGACCCUCUAAUCCACCAGGAGAUCCCUGGGCCUCCAAUCUACGAGGAGAUCCCCGGGCCUCCUAUUUACGAGGACAUCCCCGGGCCUCCAAUCUACGAGAAUAUCUCCGAGCAUCCACGCAGCCACGAGGCCGAAAACUUAGACUCCGAUGAUAGUGCUUACCUCACCUCGAGGCGAGCACCCCCGGGCACACCCUCAGGGCAUCCACCCAGCCAAGAGGCCGAAUACUUAGACUCCGAUGAUGUU